AUGACGACGGUUCAAGCCAAAGUUGAUCGUCGCAUCGCCGGACUCUACAGCACAUUCCAGUGCAUCAUCGGCCUCGCUGAAAAUGCGCAGGAGGCUUCAACCAGCAACACUUCGCGAGUUCUCGCAAUAACCCGCCUAGAGCUUUUAGAAGCCGAAUGGGUGCGCUUCAAGGCAGAACAUGCUCUCCUCCUCGACAUGAAUUGCGAGAAUCUACAGGAACAGGCGUACUUCCGGGAGUCCGUAGAGGCUCAAUGUCUUCAAGCGUACGAGACGGCUAAAGUGGCCUAUUUGACGAUCAAGGAGCAUUACGACCGCACCGAACCUACCGGCGCACUUCUCGCCGACGUCUCAGCUGCAGAGAGUCAGGCCGCUCUUCGUCGGUCUCUUCCAGAGAUUAAACUGAAAACAUUUUCCGGAGAAUUCUCAAAGUGGCGGGAAUUUCAUGACAUGUUCGUCUCCAUGGUGGGUGAGAACACAUACAUCACCUCCGUAGAGAAGAUGCAUUAUCUUCGAACUUCGCUAAAGGGAGAAGCAGCCCAACUGGUUUCGAACCUUCCUAUCUCGGCCUCUUCAUUCGCAGCAGCUUGGGAUAUUCUCGUCGAACGGUAUGAGAAUAAACGCCUCCUCAUUACGGCUCAGCUUGAUUGUUUGCUCGGCAUCCCGAACAUAACAACUCGAUCCGGUAAAGCUCUCAACAACCUUCUCAACACUUUGUCUGAGGUCCUCCACGCCUUACAAGCGCUGGAGGUCCCCAUCCAAUCGUGGGACUGCAUCUUGGUUCACAUCGUCGCUUCGAAAUUGGAUCAACAUCUUCGUGAACAAUGGGAAGUCAAGCUCGGCGCUGCAAAAGAACCGGCAACUCUUCAACAACUUCGAGAUUUUCUCAACACUCGGGCUCGAGCUCUGGAGAGCAUCGAGAUUCGUGUGCCGCAGUAUUCUUCUCGGCAGUCUUCAACCGCAGCACCUUCAACGAAACCGGCCACUUCGCGACCUUCAUCCUCAUCGGGCGCCGUCAAGGCUUAUACAUCGCAGGUCCCUUCGAAGGGUACGAUCCCUACAACCGUGGAUCAUAAAGCCGCUAUGGCGUCCACAAAGCCCCUAAAUCCAGGCGGUUCGGCAACCCAAUGUUGUCACUAUUGCCUCAGCCAGCACUUCAUCGCGAAGUGCCCCAAUUUCAAGCAGCGGACCCCUCAAGAACGUCGGACAAUCGCAGAACAGCGACGAUUGUGUUUUAACUGCCUCGGACCUCAUUCUGCAGUAAACUGCAAGGUAACCGGCCGCUGUGCCGAGUGCGGUGGCAAGCACCACACACUCAUCCACACCGGAUCAAUCUCGGCUACUCCUUCACCACCUGCCGGAGCUCCUCAUCCGAAACCAUCGGCAUCUUCGUCGCCGAAUGAGCCUCAGCUAGCCGACCCGGAUUUUCUUCAACCUCGGCCCGUCGAUCUUAUUAUCGGAGCCGACUCCUACGGCAAACUCAUCGAAUCAGAAGUGAUAAAAGGCCGUCCUGCUGAACCAAUCGCACAACGAACGCUGUUCGGAUGGAUCGUCCUCGGUCCAAUAUCGGACACUACCACUACUCCGACAUCCCUUCAUCACGCCUCAGUCGAGGAUGACGUGUCCCUUCAACUUCGGAAAUUUUGGGAAGUGGAAGAACUUCCGUCAGAUUCUGCUCCAACUCAAGAUGAGGAUACAGAAUUUUGCGAACAGCACUUCAAAAGCACGCAUACGCGCGACGCUUCGGGUCGCUACACAGUUCGACUUCCGUUCAAAUUGCCUCCAGCGACACUCGGAGAUUCCUUCUCGGCCGCUUCCCGAUCACUUCACCGACUUCGAUCUCGGUUGUCUGACAACGAGUAUAUCAGCCAGCUGUACGCGGAAUUCCUUCAAGAAUACGAGGCUCUUCAUCACAUGAUUCCGGUUCCCGACGUAAGACCGACGAAACCGUGCUUCAUCCUUCCGCAUCGUGGAGUCGUGCGUGAGCACAGUGUCACCACAAAACUCCGUGUAGUCUUCAACGGGUCGUGCAAAACCAACACCGGUUUCUCGCUAAACGACAUACUUCACACCGGGCCAAAGCUGCAACAGGACAUUUCAGAUGUACUUCUAUGGAUUCGGCAGCAUCGGUUCAUCUUCGCUACGGAUAUUACAAAAAUGUAUCGGCAAAUCCUCAUACACCCGGACGAUCAAGAGUUCCAACGGAUUCUCUGGUUCGAUUCAAACAACGAGCAGAUCAGCUACAAACUCACAACCGUAACAUACGGUUUGAGUUGCGCCCCGUAUUUGGCUAUUCGGGUAAUGCUUCAACUUGUCGAAGACGAAGGCCAUGAGUUCCCUCUGGCCGUGCUUCCGUUAACUCAAGGACGCUAUGUCGACGACAUUUUCGGCGGAACUGAUUCUGUCUCAGAGCUUCGAGAAAUCUCUCUUCAACUGGAACGCAUCUGUGCCCGCGGUUGCCUUCCACUUCAAAAAUGGACUUCGAAUUCACCAGCGGCACUUCAACAUCUUGACUCUUCAGCCUUACAACCUGAAGCAGUUUCGAUUAAAUCCGAGGAUUCGACGACGAAGCUUUUGGGCCUAGUCUGGGAUCCAAUCAAGGAUGUGUUUCGGUUCAACCUUCAGGCAAACUUCUCUUCAACAAUAACUAAGCGGAUCGCCCUCUCGGAAACUGCUUCCUUGUUCGAUCCCCUUGGUUUUAUUUCUCCGGUAAUCAUUACAGCCAAAAUCUUCAUGCAGGAGCUCUGGCUCGCAAAACUGCAGUGGGACGACCUUCUCCCGGAACGACUUCAACUUCGGUGGUGGCAAUUCCGUGAAAGCUUGAGCGAUCUGCCCCUCAUUUCGCUUCCUCGGUGGCUACAUUCGUCUCCAACGGACUCGGUCGAACUUCAUGGGUUUUCUGACGCUUCGCAGCUAGCCAUGGCUGCUGUGGUUUAUCUUCGAUCAACUUCUCCAGACGGUUCGACUUCUGUCACGCUCCUCGCUUCCAAAACGAGAGUAGCCCCUCUAAAACGACUAAGUAUCCCUCGCCUCGAGCUUUCGGCUGCUCUUCUUCUGGCUCGGCUCAUUUCAUACAUCCAGAAAACGCUUCCGCGAAAAGGCGCGCCUGUCUACCUCUGGACGGAUUCGUCAGUUACUCUCACCUGGGUCUCUUCACAACCAGCUCGCUGGAAAGACUUCGUCAGAAAUCGAGUUUCACUCAUCCAGGAGCUAACUUCAACGGCAAAAUGGCGUUUCGUUUCAGGGAAGGAGAAUCCUGCGGACUGUGCUUCGCGUGGACUGACUCCUCUUCAGUUAUCCAAACACUCACUCUGGUGGUCCGGCCCCAAUUGGCUAAUGAGCACUUUAGAAAACUGGCCGGCACAGCCAAUCAACGUUCCUACAGACGCUCCACUUGAGCAUCGGCCCGGCUUCAUUUUCACAUCCAACCUCGAACCAAUAGGCGAGGUUUGGGAUCUGGUACAUCGGUAUUCUUCACUGACACGCCUGCUUCGCAUCACGGCAAUGUGUCAACGGGCUCUUCAUCGAUUCAAGCGCUCCUCAUCGGUUCGGACGGACAUACAACUCACUCCAGACGAUCUUGAGCAAUCCAGACUCUUCUGGGUGUUACAUACGCAAUCGGCUCACUUCUCUGCGGAACUUCGAUCAAUUUCGAACGGGAAUUUUCUGACACGGGGUCAUUUCCUGUCGGCCUUGACUCCCUUCAUCGAUUCGCAUGGAACUCUUCGCGUCGGGGGACGCCUGCAGCAUUCCAGUCUAAACUUGGAAGCCAAACAUCCGGCUAUCCUUCCACGUCAUUCGACAUUCACGACGCUCGUCAUCGCUGACGCGCACCUCAAGACUCAUCACGGCGGAACUCAAUCGACCUUGACUCUCCUUCGUUCCAAUUACUGGAUCGUCGGAGGUCGAGCUCCAAUAAGAUCAUUCAUUCUUCGCUGCGCUAAAUGCGUUCGGUUUCGAGGACUUCGAGCUCAACAGCUCAUGGGGCAACUUCCGAUCAGUCGUGCUACUCCUUCUCGGGCAUUCCUUCACACCGGACUGGAUUACGCCGGACCCUUCACAGUAAAAACAUGGCGAGGCCGGAAUACGAAAACAUACAAAGGAUAUCUGGCCGUCUUCGUUUGUUUUUCAACGUCAGCUGUUCACUUGGAACUGGUGACAGACUACACUUCGGAUGCCUUCAUCGCUGCCUUUCGGCGGUUCACGAGUCGUCGAGGCAUUUGUCAUACGCUCUAUAGCGAUUGCGGGACGAACUUCAUCGGAGCUGAUGCCCAACUUCAAGGACUCUUCAAAGAAAGUGCGGCAGAAAUGCCACACAUAAUUUCUUCGUUGACUAACAUCGGAACUCGGUGGUCCUUUAACCCCCCCUCGGCUCCUCACAUGGGAGGAAAAUGGGAGGCCGCCGUCAAAUCGGCAAAACAUCACCUUCAACGGGUUAUCGGGGACUCAGCACUUACGUAUGAAGAAUUUACAACUCUUCUUACGCAAGUCGAGUCAGUGCUCAACUCAUGUCCGCUGGGCGCCAUGUCAGACGAUCCGGAUGACUUCUCUGCCCUGACUCCUGGCCACUUCCUCAUCGGCGAGGCCCUAAAUUCAGCGCCGGAGCCUUCGCUCACUUCGACUCCGGAGCUAAAACUUCCGCGCUGGGCCCAAAUUCAACGGAGAUUCCAGCAAAUUUGGCAACGCUGGUCAUCGGACUAUCUUCAACACGGUUUAGCCACUUCCAAGUGGCGACAUCCUCGGAACGAGAUCCAGGUUGGCUCCCUGGUCCUCAUCACGGACGAACGACUUCCGCCUUCAAAGUGGCCGCUCGCCAGAGUGGUCUCACUUCAUCCCGGGGAAGACGAACUCACCCGAGUCGUCACACUUCGCACGGAGUCAUCCAUCUUCAAGCGGCCAAUUUCAAAGCUCUGCAUUCUUCCGGUUACUUCUUCGACAACAUCGGUUGCCGAAGGCGGGGAGUGUGUUCAGAAAAGGGCAUAG